GCAGGCAGCAGCGAGCCGACCUGCUGCAGUUGUGUGAGGGCGCCGCUGGGUGAGUCCCUCUCUCCGCCGCCUCUGUCUCCACAGCUCCCUUUUCCCAAAGAAAAGAAGAGGAGAACUAGGUCCGGGGAGGAGGGCCCGCCGCCAUUAUCGGAAAGCUGGCAGAAAAUACCACUUUCACACACGCAAUCUGCUCAUAAAUUGACCAGGACGUGAACAGUUUGUGUUGCAGCAGAAGCAGAUUUCAGACGAUCAAGGCGAUUGCAACAAACUCACCGUUGUCUGGUGUGCUCGACCGGCCCAGCAUUAUGUGGGCACAACAAUGGACAGAAUAAUUAUUGAAAAAGCAACGUGGUGAACGGAGAAGAAGACGGCUAAGCAGAUUUUUUUGUACGCCUGAAUUUCUUAUGAGGGGAAAAAAAGAACCCUUGCGUGAACAAAAAAUCGGAUCGUUUUAUUAUUUUGGAUAUUUAUUUCUUCCUUUGGCGUGUUUAAUUGCAACGCAGACAGUGAUGCUAAGCAGGAGAAUGCAGGAAUGGGUAGCGGAUAUUUAAAUCAAAUAACCCCAUCGCACAAACUGUAGCAUUAUCAAGAUCAGCUGUGAAUUGAGACGACCCACAGUGUAUUCUGCGGCUUUAUGCUCAUGCACAUCAGUCGGCGAGGGCUGCGGCAAGAGCUGGCCUGACAGAUGCAAGAGGAGAAAGGGAGAAAUGCGAUGGAUCUGACUCAUACAAGGAAUGAAUGAAAGAACCCCGGCGCUUUUUUAAAUGUUGAUACCCUGCAGAAGAAACUGAAAUCUGAUCUCCUCUGCGGAUCAGCAACUUUAUGGACAAACAUUCAAGUGAACUCCUUUAUACAGUGCCUGUUUAUGGCAGGAUGAGCGUCAGAAGACUAUGAUGGCGAAAAAGCAAGAUGUCCGAUCACCCAUUUACAACCUCAUUGUGGUGGGUUUGUCAGGCACAGAGAAAGAGAAGGGGCAAUGUGGGGUUGGAAAGUCCUGCUUGUGUAAUAGGUAUGUACGGCCUAGUGCUGAUGACUUCUACCUGGACCACACAUCAGUGUUGAGCACCAGUGACUUUGGGGGUCGAGUGGUUAAUAAUGAUCACUUUCUGUUUUGGGGAGAGGUUUCAAGGCUUCUGGAGGAGGGGCCCGAGUGCAGAAUGCAUGUUGUGGAGCAAACAGAGUUCAUUGAUGACCAGACAUUUCAGCCACACCGUAGCACUGCUAUGCAGCCCUAUAUCAAACGGGCAGCCGGCACCAAGCUGGCGUCAGCAGAGAAGCUCAUGUACUUCUGCACAGAUCAGCUGGGACUGGAGCAAGACUUUGAGCAAAAACAAAUGCCUGAGGGCAAGCUGCAGGUUGAUGGCUUCCUGCUAUGUGUUGAUGUCAGCAGGGGCAUGAACCGUAACUUUGAUGACCAGCUGAAAUUUGUUACAAACUUAUAUGGUCAGAUUAGCAAGACUAAGAAGCCCAUUGUGCUGGUCCUCACUAAAUGUGAUGAAGGAGUUGAGCGCUAUAUCAAAGAUGCACAUACCUUUGCUAUCACUAAGAAGAGUCUACCAGUAGUUGAGACAUCUGCACGCUCAAAUAUAAAUGUGGACCUUGCCUUCCUCUCUUUGGUUCAACUUAUCGAUAAGGGCAGGGGCAAGCCCAAGAUCAUUCCUUACUUUGAAGCCCUAAAGCUCCAGAGUCAGCAGAUAGCUUCUGCUAAGGAUCGCUAUGAAUGGUUAAUCAACCGUAUAGUAAAGAAUCAUAAUGAAACCUGGUUAAACACCAGUCGACGGAUGAACACCUCCCCAGAGUACAAAGAAUACGUCUUCUUGGAGGGAACGGCUAAAUGCAAGAAGCUUUUUCAACAGCAUGUUUACCGUCUGAAGCAAGAACAUAUUGAGAGGCGUCGCAAAAUAUACUUGAGCACUCUUCCUUUAGCACUUAGUUCUUUGGUGCCUGACCUGGAUGAAAUAGAUCAGCUGAGCUGGUCUGGGGUACAGAAAGUUCUAGAGUCCAAGCAGCACUUUGCCCACUGGUUUGUUGUUCUGGAAGACUCUCCAUGGGAGGAUACAUCUCACAUUGACAACAUGGAGGAUGAGCGAAUCCCUUCAGACCUACUGGAGACUGGAGAAGCAGAGGAUUUAUUUAAUGCCCACCUGGAACAUUUGCGUAAUGAGUGCAGACGGGCAGAGAUGAGGCUGGAGUUUAAACAGAAGUUAGCAGCUUCUCCUUUUGUCACACCUGGUAAACCUUGGGAGGAAGCCCGCAGCUUUAUCAUGAAUGAAGAGUUCUACCAGUGGCUUGAGGAGCCUGAGUACUUGGACCUGUACAACCGACAUCAGAAGGAGAUCAUUGACCGUGCUAAAGAAGACUUCCAGGAGCUCUUACUGGAGUACUCUGAGCUUUUUUAUGAGCUUGAGGUGGAUGCCAAGCCAAGCAAGGAGAAGAUGGGGGCAAUUCAGGAGGUGUUAGGGGAAGAACAGAGGUUCAAGACACUACAAAAGCUUCCAGCUGAAAGAGAUGCUCUAGUGUUGAAGCAUAUCCACUUUGUCUAUCACCCUACGAAGGAAACCUGCCCUAGCAGUCCUCACUGUGGAGACUCUAAGAUUGAACAAAUCUUACUUUCACGUUUCCCCACAUGUUACCCCUUUUUUGAUGUGAAAGCUCAUUUUGGGGAUACCAAGGCUGACAGAAUUAACCUUGUCAUACUGGGGAAGGAUGGACUGGCCAGAGAAUUUGCCAAUGAGAUUAGGGCUCUCUGCACAAAUGAUGACUGGUAUGUGUUAGAUGGGAAGAUGUAUGAGUUGACGCUGCGACCUAUUGAGGGAAAUGUACGUCUUCCAGUAAAUUCCUUCCACACCCCGACUUUCACCCCUCAUGGAUGUCUGUGUCUGUAUAAUUCAAAAGAGUCCCUCUCCUAUGUGGUUGAAAGCCUUGAACGACUUAGAGAAUCAACUCUAGGUCGAAGGGAUAGCCAGCUAGCACAGCUGCCAACAUCACUGCUUUUAGUCACUAAAAGAGGUGUAGGAUCAUAUGUGGAUAUUGGUGGAGAAACUGCCUUAAACCUAAUAACACAGGGACAGCAGGUUGCAAGGAGACUGCAGUGUAGCUUCUUAGACCCUGCCUCCCCUGGUGUUGGCUAUGGCCAUAACGUCAAUGAGACUCAAAUCAACCAGGUGCUAAGGAGCCUUCUGGAUAUUAGGAGGAGCAUAUCCUUCAGUAGCAGCUCGCCACCACUCCUCCCUGAGCCUCCAGGUCUCAGAGACUCUCCCCAUCAGCCGGCCCCAGAGGCAGAUCUUCGCAUUGUUAUGUGCUUAAUGUGUGGAGACUCUUAUGACAUCGAGCAGCUCUUGUCCCCUUUCCUAAUGCAUCAGCACUGCAGGCCCAUGUCUAAUUGUGGCACCUCUGUAUUGCUAGAGCAGACAGUUGGUGGACACAAGCUGGCUAUAGAGCUCUCUCUGCUCUCAUACCACGCCUCUUUCACUUUGCGGAAGAGCAGGUUGGUACAUGGCUACAUCGCUGUGUAUUCCGUCACCCGGAAAGCUUCUCUGGAGACCCUGUGUGCAUUCUUGUGUGAGGUUCAGGACAUCAUCCCAGUCCAGCUGUUGGCAGUGGGGGAUAGCCAGGCAGAGCUCACUGAUAGUGACUAUGCCCGUGAACAGCAGAUCCAGGGAGAGGAGCUAGCCCAUGAAAUUGAGGGUCGCUUCAACAGCGUGGUUUGUGGAUCUGGGGGUGUGGUAGGAGGCCUGCACAGGAUAGAAAUGUUCCAUCCUUUUCUGAUGGAGGUAGUCGAGAAACGCAACAUUGUGGAAGCCACACACAUGUAUGACAAUGUUGCUGAAGCAUGCACCAAUGAAAAUGUGUACUCCCCACGCUGCAGUUCUCCCAGUCCUGUCACUAUGUUCCUGGAUUCAGAGGAUGAUGUAGAGCCAUCGCCACCGUACUAUGAUGGCACGCUCACUUCUCAUAGUGGGGGCUUCAACCUGCCUGACUUAGAUUCCAGUGACAUAUCUGUCAUCUCUGAUAUCAGAGACUUUGAGAACAAACUCAACAACAAAUUACCCCCCCAGGUGAGAGUUAAACCGGGUGUCACUUUUGACUUCCGGAAGGUGAGCCGCAACCCAUACAUAGAUACACUGGGUCACCGUCGAUCCCUGCCCUCUGCUGUAACCUGGGUUCCUGGUGGGGAUGUGGGCUAUGAUCCAUCAGACUAUGCUGAACCCAUUGACGCUGUUUCAAAACCGCGUCCUAGCAAUGAAGAAAUCAUCUACUCAGUGCCACAUGACAGCACACAAGGCAAAAUCAUCACCAUCCGCAACUCCAACAGGAUGCACUCCAAUGGAAAUGGCUCAGACAGCGAAGCGGACAGCAGCUCUUUGGAGAGAAGGAGGAAGUUCUCAGCAGCUGGGGUCAAGCCCCGCCUUUACCGGGACCGCUCCAAACGUCUUGGCAAGUUCAGCAGCUUUCGCACAAGCUUCAUAGGCAGCGAUGAUGAGAUGGGAGCUCUACCAAAGUCCAAGGAAGAUGACUUUGGGACCCUGAAAGGCGAAAGUCUGGUUAAUGAGGAGAGUGAAGACCCAAAGAAGAGGAACAUCUUGAAGAGCCUGCGACGAACAGCCAAGAAAACAAGACCAAAGGCCCGUCCAGCUAUUCCCAAGCCCAUCGAGAGCAUCUACUUUGGGGUUCCCCUAGUGAAUGUGGUAUCUCCAGACAGACCUAUACCACUCUUCAUUGAGAAGUGUGUCCGCUUCAUUGAGACAACAGGCCUGAAUACAGAGGGUUUGUACCGUGUAAGCGGGAACAAGUCAGAGAUGGAAAGCAUGCAGAGGCAGUUUGAACAGGACCAUGGAUUAGACCUAGUGGAGAAAGACUUCUCCAUAAACACUGUGGCUGGAGCCCUCAAAAGCUUCUUCUCUGAGCUGCCUGAGCCCCUGGUGCCUUGUGCUCUGCAGGUGGACCUAUUGGAUGCUUUCAAAAUCAAUGAUAGAGAACAGAGGCUGUACACCAUGAAGGAUGUCCUGAGGAAGUUCCCCAGGGAGAAUUAUGAUGCCUUCAAAUAUGUAGUGAGCCACCUACACAAGGUGAGCCAGCUGAGCAGGGUGAACUUGAUGACCAGUGAAAACUUGUCCAUCUGUUUCUGGCCCACUCUCAUGAGGCCAGAUUUUGCCACAAUGGAUGCCCUGACUGCCACACGCACCUACCAGACAAUCAUCGAGAGCUUCAUCCACCAGUGUGCAUUCUUCUUCUACAACCAGCCCUUCCUCGACUCCCCCACUGGCCUAGCAGGCCUCCCAGCCUCACCUACCACCACCCUAAGUGGGAGCUCUGCCUACUCUUGUUACCGCUCCUCUCCUCCCCACACCACCACGCACUUCAGCCCCCUGCAGCAGUCCCCACCCACCACCCCCCAGUCUCCCCUGCAGUCUCUGCUCCCUCCCCUCCACCAGCACCCCCACUCCCACCACUCCCCUGCUGAACAGGAGACACUGUGAGAGACAAUGAAACCACGUGUGCCCAUGAUGAUGCUGGACCUUAUCACCAACCCACACACACACACACACACACACACACACACACACACACACACACACACACACACACACACACACACAUAUAUAUAUAUAUAUACAGUCACACACACACACAGUCAUACACACACAAAACCCAUGUGCACUUGCACACUACAUUUGUAAUCAUGGACAACGUAGAUUAUAAAGAGAGGGGAUAGGAAGUGUCUGAGAAACUUCCCCAACCUGUUAUUUGUAUCCAUUCUUGUGCUCAUCUGGUUAGGCUACCAUUACCAGUGACUCUACCUCUGCCCUCUGAGACCCUGAUCUUCUGGAAUUUGACAUCAGGUCCGAAGUGGAGGACAGAUGGCGCUGUCACUGCAAGUCUCUCUUCUGUCAGCCACCACUUCCUACACUAUCAAGAAAUAGAAACCUCUAUACCAAGCUGGAAGACAUGAUUUGUGGCCACCAUGUUUUUAUCUGUGUAAAACUGUUUUAGUUUAGUUUUUUUUUUCUCAUGAAAGUACUGCCACUGGAUUUAUAGACCGUUCCUCUGUAGGUCCUUUGGGCAGCAGUUUGCUCCAUAGCAGAGGUUCUCUGUGUGUCUGCCUUUGGGCUUUCUCUCAUCGGCUCUACUUGAGGGGUCAGCAUGGGGAGGGAAGGGAAAGGAGGGGGGUUGGGGUUGGGUGGGGUGGGGUACACAUCCAGGGAUGCACUUUAAUGAUCACUGUUGUUUUCCCUCAAAAAGUUUUUUUGAACAUACUGUUUUCUUGUGUGUUUUUAAUUUCACAGCUCAAACAGCCAUACCCAUUGCCUCUACAGAGCUCUGGCAGAUCAAACUUUGUUUACAUCAAACUUGUUUUUGUAUCCACAAACUUAUCUGAAGCACUUUUUGAUAGUGUAGUGUUCAAUUUGAAGAAAUGCCACAUUUAUUAAUUGUCCAUAUUGUUUUGGGGUGUUUUUUUUAGUGGUUGAGUGUGGCAUCAGCGCAGGCUUGUGAAACAAGAUCCUUUUGUAAAAACUUAUGUUCUUUAAGUUGAUCCAGAAGACCCUUUUUAGGUUGAUAGGAAUCUACUCGUAUUCCUCAUUCACCCAGCCAUGUGAAAAAUAGUUUUCUUUUAGAGUUUGUCCUCUUUCUAGCUGUCAGUCGAUCAGAUUGGAGUUUAGGGAAGUUUGGUUUAACUAGGCCGUUAUAAUACCAGUGAAGACUUUGCCUGCCAUCAGUCAAGUGAAGGAGACAUUUUUCCAUUUUUGAAUGUGUAACCUCGUCAUUCCAUAACAUUGCAAUCUGGUGUCCAUGGAAACCACACGCUUGAAACAUGAUAGGUUGAUGGAUGUGUUGCCGUGGCUGUCUAUCAAACCAAGCUCUUUGUAUUCAUCUAAUAUUAAGGACCUUUAACUCAGAAGGUUUAGUAUUCUUGACGUACUAUUACCACUAGUCCUGCUAUACAAUACGAUGACCAGUAGGAAACUGAAUAUUUGUGGACGGGGCACAUUUCAGGAAGCACCACCUGCCAUUUACCUGCUCUAGUGAAGUAGUAGUUUCGUGCUGGCAUAUUGUCCUCCCUGUCAUGGAAAACAAGCAGCACUUUUUCAGUGGUAGCACGGUUAAUGAAGACCUAUGAUUUUAACCCUUAAACUAGUAAACAAGUUAAAAAAAAAAAUGGGGAAAAAAGAAGACCACAAGACAAACAUGUUCUGGAUGAUUGUGGCUCUGUUAUGGUUCUCGGUCGCAACCCAGACCAGAUACGCUCGAUCAUAGGUUGUAUUUCGGAUCAUCACUUACUGGUACUUUUUGAAUCGCAAUGCUGUUGGAAGUCAGUCAUUUUAUGUGUUCAUCAGACUAAACCGAGGGCUCCUCUUAAACUGCUCCGAGCUGCAAGCUGUAACAUUAAGACUGGCACAGAACCAACCAAGCAACUGUCCCCCUGUAACACGACUCAUGGGAGUAUAUAACCUUACCGCAUCACUUAAUCUUCUGACACAACCAUGGCAAAUCAGCCACUCAAUGAGCAAAAAGUGAGCGCAUACUACUCUAUAAUGGUUGUUUAUUUGUAUGUUGGGGAACACCACCCUUUAGUCAAUGGUAGAAAACAUUUCUAGUGUGUAUUUCAAUGAUCGAAAGUCCAUUUUUACAAUUUUUGUGAAUGGUUCAAGGCCACUUAAGUUUAGUGCAUGAUUUAAAAAAGCGCACCGAGGGGAGAAGGAUGAAAGCCUCUCCCUGUUUUAAAACAUGAAAUUAGAACAAAAACAAAUACUAAAGAGAAAUAGCUGAAACGUAAAAGUUUAUGUACUGUGCACCAAGAGCAAACCAUGGAAUUUGUCUGACUGAGAAUAGUGUUUGAAGAUGAAGGCCUUAUGUGAACUGUAUAAUAGUUAAUAAAUUAAAUCUUGUAAAAUUG